AUGGCAUCGGUAGCAGAGCAGUUUGAGAAACUCCUGUUGGAUUUCACCCAAUCACAGACCCAGCUCCAGGAGCUCAGCGCGGCCCGUUCGCAGCUCGAGACUCAGCUCCAGGAAAACAAGAUUGUCCUUGAGGAAUUCGGCGAUUUGGACGAAAGCGCUCAGAUUUACAAGUUGACGGGCCCAGUGCUCAUGCCACAGGACUUUGCCGAGGCGAAGCUUAACGUGACCAAGAGAAUCGAGUUCAUCGAGGGCGAGAUUCGCCGCGUGGAGGAAAAGUUGGAGAAGCAGCAGCAGCACAUGGAGGAGACUCGUGGCAAGCUCCUACAGACCAAGUCGCAAAUGGCGUAA